ACAGGUGUGAUUUCAGUCUCUGGUAAACUGGACAGCCAAGAGAAAUCUCUAUAUUCACUUCAGGUGAUCGCAACAGACCGUGGCAUUCCUCAGGCGAUGAUUAACUCUACUGCAGUAAUUGUAAACUUGACAGAUUACAGCAAUCAUGCUCCAGAGUUCACCAAUGUCGCCUGGGUUGGCACGAUCGUGGAAGGAUUGGGACUGACAUUUGCAUUAAAUGUUGAAGCUACUGACCCUGAUUCUGGCAUUCUGGGAGAAAUUACUUAUAGUAUCGUUGGUAAGUAAACGAAACUAACUUUAUUUAUACUGGAUAGCUCUAUCAGUUCUAAACUUCUUCCUAGAGGUACAGUAAGGAUCAUUUAAUUCUUAUUGAUCCAGUGUUACUACAGGAGGAAACCUAAACUAAACUAACUUUAUUUAUACUGGAUAGCUCUAUCAGUUCUAAACUGUUCUUCCUAGAGGUCCAGUAGUAGCCAUGGGUGUUACUACAAGACGACACAAGAAUACAUUACACCAAUUUGUGUCAUGAUGUAGUUUUUGCAUCUACUGUUAAGUAGCCCCAUAUGCCGACAAGUUUACUGGGGAUAACGGGAAACUCAAGUAUUCACGUUUUGGUAAGAUCAUUGGCACUUAUUUCUAAAUUGUAAUUCUAGGUGGAAAUACAAACAAUGCAUUUCAGAUCAACUCGACAGGAGCAAUACUUUCAAGAAUACCCUUGGACUAUGAAAAUGAUACACAAAAAACGUUUGAUUUAACUGUCAUGGUGACAGAUCGAGCAGGAUUGACAGACAUGAGUCAAGUUAGGAUUACUGUUCUUGAUGCAAAUGAUAAUAUCCCUCAGAUUAUUAAUUUGCCUUCACCAGCCGAGUUUAAUAUCAGUGAUAAUGUGCCCGCAGGUUGGUCAAUUUAUAAUUAUAAUCUAGUCCUUUACCUUACUUACUUCCUUUAAUCCUUCCUUUACAUCAACUAUCCUACCCUGUUGUCAUUUUAAGCUUCCUGUCUUCUUUAAUGGCUGGGCUUCGAUUGAAGUUUUGCGUAUGAAGUAUUUUUCAGGUAGUUGAAUAGGGCCUCUCAAUCCUUUUUGGUAAAAAACAUAAUUCCUUCCGUUCUUUCUCCCCAGCCACUCCAUCAUUCAUUCUAUCUCUUCUUUAACCUGUUUCCCACUCUCUUUCAUACUAUAUCCUUCAAUAUCCUUUUCUUCUGUUAGGUACCUUGCUCUACGUUUUACAAGGCGAAGAUCUUGAUUCAGGCAAUAAUGCAGACUUUGAGUUCUUUGGAUCAGCUGUACCAGAUAACUUGACAAUAGAUCACGCAACUGGCCUGAUUAAAGCGAAAACUAAACUAGAAAGUACAAGGUCUUCCAGGUUGGUGACUUUAUAGUCGGAUCUCUUUAUUAGAAACCUAAACUAAACCAUAUUUAUACUGGAUAAUUCUAUCACUUCUAAACUGUUCUCCCUAGAGGUCAAGUAAGGAUCAUCUCGUAUUGAUCUAGUAUCACUACAGGAGGAAACCUAAACUAAACUAACUUUAUUUAUACUGGAUAGUUCUAUCAGUUCUAAACUGUUCUCCCUAGAAGUCCAGUAAGGAUCAUCUCUUAUUGAUCGAGUGUUACUUUAGAAGGAAACCUAAACUAAACUAAAUUUUUUUGUCCUGCAAAUAGAUGGACAUUAUUUUAACGAACUUUUUUCCGUAGCAUCCUGUUUACGGCUUAUGUGAAGGAUAAAGGAAAUCCAAGUCAGUCGAGUUCAAAUUACACCGUUAAGUUCAACAUCAUAUCUGACCCAACCUUGAGCCCAUUUCUCUUGCCAACACUGACCGAGGCCACGGUAUUUGAAAACGCUUCUAUUGGUGACGUCAUCGUAAAGGUCAAUUCUUCUGAGCCUGCAGAUAAUUUCACCAUACUGUUCCAGUUACCCAGCGGUGGUUAUUUCAAAAUUGACAGUCAGGUAGGUUGGGAUGACAUAAUUUUCUCACUUUGAUCACAUCCAGUUGAUCCCCAUCUGCUGCGCGAUAGUUCUUAAUGAAAUCAUAUAUUCGCUUCAAUGUUAUAAUUCGUUUUAUUCUUUAGGGCUCUAUUUCUUUGGCUCGAGGACUGAACCGCGAAACUCUGGAUGGGUAUAGUCUAUUGGUAAUGGCUUCGAAAGCUGGGAGACAAGCUAUUGGAUAUGUGAGUAUACAAUAGUCAUUACCGAUAAACUUAAUUUACUGAAUUAUCUAAACUAACUUUAUUUAUACUGGAUAGCUUGAUCAGUUCUAAACUGUUCUCUCCAGAUGUUCAGUAAGGAUCAUCUCUUAUUGAUCGAGUGUUACUACAGGAGGAAACCUAAACUAAACUAACUUUAUUUAUACUGGAUAGCUCUAUCAGUUCUAAACUGUUCUUCCUAGAGGUCCAGUAAGGAUAUCUCUUAUUGAUCCAGUGUUACUACAGGAGGAAACCUAAACUAAACUAACUUUAUUUAUACUGGAUAGCUCUAUCAGUUCUAAACUGUUCUUCCUAGAGGUCCAGUAAGGAUCAUCUCUUAUUGAUCCAGUGUUACUACAAGAGGAAACCUAAACUAAACUAACUUUAUUUAUACUGGAUAGCUCUAUCAGUUCUAAACUGUUCUUCCUAGAGGUCCAGUAAGGAUUAUCUCUUAUCGAUGCAGUGUUACUACAAGAGGAAACCUAAACUAACUUUAUUUAUACUGGAUAGCUCUAUCAGUUCUAAACUGUUCUCCUCAGAAAUCUCCUUAGAAAUUUUCCUUGACAUAAUAUUCCGUAUUUUUGUAUCCCAGGUUUCUCAAUCCUGUUUUCUUAUUUCGUACUCUAGGUUUCUCAAUCCUGUUUUCUUAUUUCGUACUCUAGGUUUCUAUCACUGUGGUUGACGUGAAUGAUGAAAGUCCAGAAUUUCAGUUCAGGGUUUACAAAGGACAGAUUGAUGAAAAUUCACCGCUUGGCAGUCCAGUGCUUGAGGUCAAAGCAAUUGAUGGUGACGAACAAGAUAUGGUAAGAUUUUUGUUUGGAAAUAUUUUUGUGUAAAUUUUAUACAUUGACAAAUGCAACCAUAAGCCCUCAUGCAGCCCUGCGAUUCGCAUUUGGUCAUCUUCAGUAAUAUCCUACCAUACCAGCCAGCGUGCGGACUACAUCUUCCAGCCAUGCUUCUGAAAUUAAGGAAUGCUUUCUUUCUGUUAGAUUUCCUAUGAAAUCACGUCAGGGAAUACUGGUGGUGUGUUCAAUAUAUCAAGUACUGGCGAAAUACAGAUUGCCAAAAUACCUGAUCAUGAAACUACAUCUUUUUUCAAUCUCACCGUAAGUAGGAACUUGUUGUUUUAUUGAGUUUUUUGGACGCUUUCUGGUCUAAAAUAUUGUGUGUUUUUUUCACAAGUGUUCGACUGUUCAAGUCUGGUUAACGGGUGUUUAACAGUCUGGCAAUCAAAAGCUUGAGAAAUAAAUAUAUAUUUUAUACCAAAGAGCGUCCCACAACGUAUUUCGAAUAAUUCAGGUUUCACCUCAAACAUCAUUAAAUUUAUUUUAAAAGCAUUGAUGUAGGAUCUCUUCCUGCAUUUUCUUAUCUGUAUGUUUCCGGUUUAACUUACGUGGUGUUUCUACAAACAAAAAGUAUUAAAUGUUUAUCGCCAUGCAAACCUAGUACAAAGAACUUAUCCUCUUAGGUUGUUGCAAGUGAUGGUGUGGGGACAGGAAUGACGUUUGUUGAAAUUACUAUCAUGGACGUGAAUGACAAUGUUCCUGAAUUCCUCAAUUCUUCAUACAGUUUCAGCUUGCCUGAGGUAAAAUAUAACCAUGCAUUCUUAACCGCAUUGCAUAGUACCACGAACUGAGUCGGCAACCACAUUUUGAGAUGGAAAUAUUUCAUUGAAUUACUAAAACGUUAUCUGGUGAAUUUUAAAUAUGUCAGAAGUUUCACUCGUGUAUCUAAUGCUGGUUUCUGUAUCGUAAACAUAUUAAGAUUCAUAUUUUAACCUUUUAAAUACCGUUAUUUAGGAUACACCUGGUGGAGCUUCGGUGUUACAAGUAUCUGCAAAAGAUGAGGACGGCGACAUAAUUGUAUAUUCUAUUUCAGGUAUGAUAUUUAGUUUUGGUAGUUUGCUAGUUAUAGGAUGUUAGUAGCCAAAACUAACCUGUAACAAAGGGUAUUUUAAAUCAUUUUCAGUUCAAACACAAACCAUGACAGCUUGUAAAUGUUAUUCUUCAGGUGACGAUGGAAGAUUUACAAUUGACUCACUUACUGGAGUGAUAUCCACCACAGCUAACCCUCUGGAUUUUGAAGAAACUUCUUCGUACACAUUGAACGUCACCGCUACUGAUCCUGGAGGAUUGAAGGCAAGAUUAAGUGAACUUUCAUUAUUGUAUUACUUUAUCUGUUUGCAAGCAGUGGUCAAGUACAUUGUCUAUCAAGUCAUUAUGUUUUUGUCUGAGUUUAUGCUCAUUUGUGCACGGACGCCGUUGUUGACCGUACACACGAGAAGUAAACUUGUCAAGGAAACUUAUCAAAGAAAACUUGUUGACCCUACACACAAGAAAGUAAACUUGUGAUGUACGGGGCUUUAUUGUCAUAAAAUCUCUUUUUCGUCUAUAGUCAUCAGUGCUUGUGAAACUCAACAUCACAGAUUCAAACGACAAUGCUCCAAUAUUUUCUCACUCGUCUUACAACGUCACAAUUCAAGAGAACUAUGUUGGACCUUUGACUUCUUUGGUUAUCAACGCAAGUGACAAAGAUUCUGGGAGUAAUGGUCACCUGACGUUUUCGAUUGUCGACGGAUCCUCACUGUUUGCCAUUGACGCUACGACGGUAAAUAUAUUGAAAUGCUUGCUUUCUGCUGAGCUGCAGACUCUGUUAUGUCCAGUGUUAUACUACGGGAGGAUUCAAAACUCAGUUAUCAAAUGCCAAAACUCCCUUUUCAAAUGCCAAAACCCCGUUUUCAAAUGCCAGAACUCCGUUUUCAAAUUCUAAAACUCUGUUUACAAAUUCCAGAACUCCCUUUUCAAAUGCCAAACUCAGUUUUCAAAUGCUAGAACUCCUUUUUCAAGAGCCAGAACUCCGUCUUUAAAUGCUAAAUCUCUGUUUUCAAAUGCCAGUAUUCUCUUUUCAAGUGUCACAACUGAGUUUUCAUAAUGGCAUAAGUACCUUUUCAAAAACCAGAACGCCGUUUUCGAAGGCCAAAACUAUGUUUUCAAAGGCCAGAACUCCCUUUUCAAAUGCAAAAACUCAGUUUUCUAAUGCCAGAACUUCUGUUUCAAAAGCCAGAACUCCGUUUUCAAAUGCUAAAAGUCUGUUUUCAAAUGCCAGAACUCCCUCUAUACGAACAGCCCCUAAUACUUAAGAACUCUAUUAGUUCGAAACUAGUCCAGUGUGGUUAAAUAUUUUAUAAUUAAUGUUUAAAGUUAAUUUAUCCAGGGAGAACUGAACGUGACCGUUCCAGUGGAUCGCGAUGAUGCUGGAUUAACGAACGAUGAAUAUUGUCGUGGUGUCUUGAUCUUGACCAUCGAGGCUUCAGAUAAUGGCACUCCAAAACUUUCUGACACUGCCACGGUAUGAAUAAAAUAUUUCACAAUCUAUUUACCACUUAUUGCUACAGGGAAACAGAGACAGGAUUGGUAGCACAGCAGUUAGUGUCUCUUUCACCUUUUCUGCAGUAACACUAAACUGAUAAAGAAGCCCCUUACUGGACCUCUAGGAAGAACAGUUUAGACGUGAUAAAACUAUCCUAUCCAGUAUAAAUAAAGUUAGUUUAGUUUAGGUUUCCUCCUGUAGUAACACUGGAUCAAUAAGAGAUGAUCCUAACUGGACCUCUAGGGAGAACAGUUUAGAACUGAUAAAGCUAUCCAGUAUAAAUAAAGUUAGUUUAGUUUAGGUUUCGUCCUGUAGUAACACUGGAUCAAUAAGAGACGACUCUUACGGGAUCUCAAGAGAGAACAGUUUAGAACUGAUAAAGCUAUCCAGUAUAAAUAAUAAAAUAAAGUUAGUUUAGUUUAGGUUUCCUCCUGUAGUAAAACUGGAUCAAUAAGAGACGACUCUUACGGGACCUCAAGGGAGAACAGUUUAGAAGUGAUAUAGCUAUCCAGUAUAAUAAACUUUUCCUUAAACUAGUCUGACUUAUAGAUUUCCUUUUCUACAGGUUACCAUACUAGUGAUGGACAUCAAUGAUAAUGUCCCGAGCUUUUCACGAUCAUCGUACGAAACAGUUAUAUCUGUUCUUGAUACUGGAAACGUUGUACGUGUGAUGACGAGUGAUCCCGAUUGUGAUGUGAAUAAUGAUAUUCAAUAUUCCUUUACAUCAGGUAGGAGUUUGGUAUAAUUGGGUUUCAUUAAGCAGAUGUUGGGUUUCAUUAAGCACAUUAUGUUUUAUAUUUGUAGUCAAUGGUAGCAGCUUAUUUGCCAUGAAUGCAACAACUGGAAAUAUUAGCAUUGUCCAAUCACUAGUGAGUAAACAUUUUAUAUAAUAAGGAAAGUAAUUUCUCUUGACGGAUGAUCUGUCUAUGUGUAUAAAUACAGCAUUAAGCGAAUUGUGAGGAAAGUAUCAGACAUGAUUUGUUCUUGGAACCAUUGCCAGUAUAGAUCACGUUAUUAUAGCUGUUAUAGUUCAUGUGGAGACAAUCCUUUAUGAUGAUUCCUCUAGUAUUAAAUGAAGCCUAAUAUCAGUUAUGUUUUAACAUAAAAUCGUACACUUUUUUUUCAGAACGGUAGUCAGGGAGUGUAUUUCCUGAACGUGACAGCUUCAAAUGAACUCGCAAGUCCGAAGUUACAAAACAGUGUCGUAGUCACUAUUACAGUGAUCGAGAAUAAGAAUUAUGCUCCAGUAUUUGAUAGAGAUCAGUAUUCAUUUAAUGUAUCUGAAAAUGCUGAGAUUGGAGUUACUAUUGGGAGUGUCUCAGCUUCGGAUAUAAAUAAGGUACUGAGCUCAUUCUAUAUAAAUUUGAUUGUCCCCUCACCUUCUCUGCAAUGUCUACCACCCCACAUCUUCUUCUGAUCUCUUCAUUCCAUAAUGUUUAUGACCAGCUCUCCUUCAUCUCAUCUUAUUACGUGUCAUCCCAUACCAUCUCAACCUUGCUUCUCUCACCUUCUCUGCAAUGUCUACCACCUCACAUCUUCUGAUUUUGAAGACAAUUUUGAAUUAUUUUUGUGUAGAACAAAGAGGGAGUGUUUAUCUACUCAAUCGAAAACCCCGGUUAUGUAAUACCGUUUGACAUUGAUCCCACAACAGGCGUUAUCACUCUAGUACGAGAGCUUGACAGAGAAACCCAUCAAAAUUAUACAGUAUGUUGGAUUUUGUUUUUUGUUUUAUAUCCGAGACAUGUUAUUCUCGAUUCGGAUAAAAGAUAUAAAUAAACAGAGUAAUAUUACUGCCUCUUUUCAUAACAAAAAAACCUAUAGUUCUGGUUUUGUAUUCUGAGAAGUAGGUCGGAAAUAGGUCGGUAGUAUAUCGGUAGUAGGUCGGAAUGGGUCAGAGAAAUAGGUCGAUAAGUAGGUCGGAAAUAGUUCGAAAGUAGGUCGGUAAGUAGAUCGGAGAACGGUGAAGUAUGUCGGUACGCAGUCGGUAUAGGUCUGAGAAAAUAGGUUGGAAGUAGGUCGGAAAUAGGUCGGUAAGUGGGUCGGAAAUGGUCGAUAGUAGGUUGUUGAAGCCAUGACUUUAGAACACCGUAUUUGUAAUGAAAUCACUGUUUAUUUUCACGUUUAUUACAAAUGUAGUUUUGUACAGUAAGUUACUUUCACGAGGAAGUUCAACUAACAACACAACAAUCCCAUCAUGCAUUUGUCUCUCAGUAUUACGUCAUACUAAUAUUUGGAUAACAUACAGUUUUAUAUUGAACUCAACACCCUCACUUGUUAUCAGAAUAUAAACUAAUUACCACAACCGAACACGAUACUUUUAAAAUUAUCUAGUUUACAUUUUGUGGGUGGCUUUGUUAGGAUAUCAGCUACCAUAUCUUGGGUAGGACAAUAUACAAUAUCGAUCAUGCCUUUAACAUACAUUUCACGUACAAAGUGGUACUUUAUGUCAAUAUGCUUAGAACGUUGUCUGUUAACUGGGUUCUUACUUAGUGCAAUUGCCCCUUGGUUAUCAACACUUACCUUCAUACUCUGAUGUACUUUCUUAUACAUACCGUUUAACAAUUGAGUUAGAUACAAACACUCUUGAGCUGUAUUUGCUAAAGCUACAUAUUCAGCUUCGCAAGUGGAAAUGGCAACCGUUGGUUGCUUUCUCGACUUCCAUGAAAUCAGUGGUCCUCCUUCAGUUAGAGUACAACAGUAACCUGUAGUACUUCGCCUGUCUUCCAGGCAAGAGGCCCAAUCUGAAUCACUAUAAGCAGUGAGCUGCAAGUCAGCAUCAGAUUUCUUAAAGCAGAGUUCAUAAUCCACGGUACCCUUUAGAUACCUUAGGACAUGUUUGGCAGCAAUUAAAUCUCCCGUUCUGGGGUUUGACAGAGUUUGAGACAGUCUGCUUACAAUCCAACUUAAAUCAGGCCUUGUACAGGUCAUGGCAUAAAUUAGGCUUCCUAUCAUUUCUCUAUACUGUCUGGCGUUGGUCAAUUCACCACAGUUAAAUUCUAAUCGUUGCUCACAUGGGGUUAACCUGGGCUUGCAGUCUAUCAUUCCAAAUCUCUCUAGUAUUUUAAGAAUGAAUCUUUUCUGAUUAAUUUUUAUUUCAUCCUUGCUUUGCUUAAAAUCCAUUCCAAGGAAGAAAGUGAUUCUACCUAGAUCUUUCAUCUUAAAUUGUGUCUUCAUACUUUCUUUAAAUUCUUCCAUUAACUGCAUACUAUCUGAAGCUAUGAUUAGGUCAUCAACCCAAACAAUGACGAUAACAAUUUUAUCAUCAACUUGUUUCUUAUAUACACAGUGAUCAGCAUGGUUUCUGACAAAACCGUCAUUUGCUAAAUGCUCGUGUAACAAUAUGUUCCAAUUUCUACCUGAUUGUUUUAGACCAUACAGCGAUUUCUUUAGCCUAUAUACUAACCUCUCACCACUCUCUGAAACCUCUUCAAACCCUUGUGGCUGGUCUAUGUAUAACUCUUGAGUAAUGGGGGCAUGCAGAUAUGCAGUUUUAACGUCCAUCUGGUGGACAAUAAGAUCAUGUUUUACUGCUAACUGCAUUAAGACCCUAAUUGAAGUAAUACUGGCUGUCGGGGCGAAAGUUUCUUGAUAAUCUAUACCCUUUAUCUGGCUGUAACCCUUCGCUACAUAUCUGGCUUUAAAGGACUCUAUGCCAUUCUGAUCUUGUUUGGUUGUGUACACCCAUUUUCCCCCUACUGAAGCUUUACCUUCUGGUAAAGUUGAUAAUUCGUAAGUAUCAUUUUCCUUCAGAGAGCUGAUCUCUUCUUUCAUUGCUUGCUCCCACUCCCUAGCUUGAGGUGAUCCCAUGGCUUCUGUGUAAUUUUGUGGUAAUCCACAAACUUUGUAGCAGUAAUCUACACUAAUGUGGGCACAAUCGGCAUUCUUAGGGAGGAGGGUGUCCUCUUCUAGGUAUCUGGGAGGGUUCCUUUCUCUUUGAGGAUACCGUUUUGUCUCACUGUCAUUCUCAGUAUGGCUGCAAUGCCUUCCCUCACUAUCCCUAGGCUCCUCAUCAGGCACUGUAUUUGGCGGCAUUGCACUUAAAACAGGGAGGUUCAUACUAUCUAAGUCUGAUCUAGUAUCAUGGUCAGAUUUCUCAUGUACAUCACAAUCCCUGCUGGACUCAUCAGUUUGUGUGUGCUGUUCUACACUACAUUUCUUGAUGAAUCUAAUGAGUCGAUGUGUCAUGAUUUUCCCAUUUUUUGGGUAGUACACUAGGUAAGAAGGGCUAUUUUUGUCGUAUCCCACAAAUACCCCCUUGCUGCAUCUUGAGUCUAAUUUCUUAUGCUCCUGUUCGUAAGCAAAACAUUCAGAUCCAAAGAUCCACAUUUUAGAAAGAUAAGGUACUUUCCCAGUAAGGCUAAAGUAGGGUGUUGUCUUUGUUCUCUUAUUAAAACAUCUAUUCCUAAUGUGAGCUGCGGUUUGAAUUGCAUAGGGCCAGAGAGUUUUGGGUAACCCUGAUUGAAGAAGAAGACAUCUGCCCAUUUCGAACAAUGUGCGCCAGUGCCUUUCGGCGGUGCCAUUCUGGUGUGGCGAGUAGGGAGCAGAAGGUUCAUGUUUUAUGCCACGCUCCCUUAGUAGUGUUUGAAACGCCUUACCUGUAAAUUCUGAGCCAUUGUCAGAACGGAUGCAACUUACCUUGCCAUAAGGAGUGAUGUCUGCUAGAAAUUUCUCUGUUGCUACAAAGGUGUCACUUUUACAUUUCAGAAAGUAAACAAAUACUGCUCCUGAGAAAUCAUCAGUAAAAGCUACGCAGUACUUAAACCCCUCUCUUGAUACAGGAGAAACUGGACCUGCCAAAUCCACAUGCACUUUCUCCAAUGAUUUUUGAGAUCUUGCAUCAGGAAUCCUACUCCUGCUGUUUACAAAUUUUCCUUCUACACAUGUAUUACAACCUAACUUAGAUGACUCAAUUUUACCUGAGAAUUUCAUGCCCUUAACUACCCCCUGUAGUUUUAUAAUAUCUUCAAAAUUGCAGUGCCCUAGGAUUUCAUGCCAUGUGUUAAUAGCAUACGAGAGAUUUACUUAUCUACUUCACUUACGCUAUCGUUCUCAUGACUGUCUAUGGAAGUCAAAUAGUACAACCGUCCAUGUUCUUCAAUUUCAACAAUGGUACCAUCUUCAAGGGUUAGCUCACCAGUAUCUUGGGCAAAUCGAAGCUCGGCUCCAUUUGAUGUGGCUGCCUUCACUGCGAAAAUAUCUUGAGGAUAGGAUGGUAUAUAUAAGGCGUUUUUCAGCACCGUUUUCACACAUUUUCCAUUUGUAUCUUUCAGAAACACUUCAGCAUCCCCUCGUUUCAAUGCAAUAUUACUGGCUCGUGUGCCAUCAGCCAGUUUAAUGUAAUGUUUUGAUGGUUUAAAUGUCAUGUCUAUUUGCUUUAAAAUAUCAGUAGUAACAAUGUGAGAAGUGGCACCUGUGUCAACCAACAUUCCCAUUCGAUUGAUUUUCCCUGUUGCUUCGUCGUUAACUUUGAAUGCAAAUGAAUGUUCAUCUUUAGAGGUGUUUUCUUUCUCCGACACCUGUUUGGUUUGGUCUUUGCUCUUUUGCUGACUUCUGCAGGUGCUAUCCGAGUGUGUUGUACUUUUGUGAUAGUUACACCACUUCUUCUCGCUCUUAGCAGGGCACUCUCUGACUAAAUGCCCUCUUUUCCCGCAGCCAUAACAUGUCAUUGUUUGCGAAGGAAACUCAGCUUUCAUUACCUGAUCAACUUUCGGUUUGGUGUUGAGCUUUUCCGUUUCUUCGAAGCUCCUCAACAUGCUCUUAAACUUCGCGAACGUUAUCUCACUUGCACUUUGGGACACAUGUAUCGAGAACGGUUUAUAUGAAUCAGGCAGCCCCUUUAAGAUCAUAGCAAUUAUUAGCCCAUCGCUUAACGUUUCUUUGGCGUUCUUAAGCGCUGUUAUUGCUUUCUCGGCUCUUAUUAAGUAAUCUGUGACUGUCUCGUGAAGUGCUUUUUCAAGUGACGUUAGCUCAGAGUAGAGUGUGAUGAUUCUUGGUUUGCCUUGAUUUGCAUAAUGGUCUCGGAGUAUUUGUAAAGCCUUUCGGCCAUCGGGUCAUUCCAUUUAUUAUCCGCACCCCCCCCUAUGGAUGAGCGGAUUCCUACCGGUCAGAUAUUAGGACUUAGGGGAUUCCUACUGGUCAGAUAUUGGGAAUUAACAGAUUCCUUUGGCCCGAUUCCUACCGGUCAGAUAUUGCCGUCAAGGUGUAGCAUACUAUAUUGCCAAAUAUUUAUUAUGAGAAUCAUAAUAAUUUCAUUUAUUAUUCUCACCCCCCCCCCCGGUCUGACAUUGGGAAUUGGUAGAUUCCUACCGGUGAGAUAUUGGCAAUUAGCAGAUUCCUACCAGUGAGAUAUUGGCAAUUAGCAGCAUUCCUAGGGUUUAGAUUGAUACUGUCGAUUCCAACAGGGUACUUCUCUGAAAUCCGAUUCCUACAGGUAACAUUUUUACCAGAGCUCAUCCAUAGGGGGGGUGCGGAUAAUAAAUGGAAUGACCCAUCGUCGGUAGCAUCCCUCAUUACCAAUGACAGACUGGUGUCGUCCAAACACUGUAUAAGCUCGGCGUAGCAUUCUUCGUUCUUUGUUGCGUCAGCCUCUUCUUCAGACGGCAGGAUAGUAUCCUUUAGUUUUAAUAACCUCAUGUGCGCGAGGAAUUUCGCUUCCCACAGUUCGUAAUUGCUUUCGUUUCCAUCGAAAGUCAACCUUGACCCGCGUGAUUCUCUGCUGGGCCCAUAACCUGUUGAAGCCAUGACUUUAGAACACCGUAUUUGUAAUGAAAUCACUCUUUAUUUUCACGUUUAUUACAAAUGUAGUUUUGUACAGUAAGUUACUUUCACGAGGAAGUUCAACUAACAACACAACAAUCCCAUCAUGCAUUUGUCUCUCAGUAUUACGUCAUACUAAUAUUUGGAUAACAUACAGUUUUAUAUUGAACUCAACAUAGGUCGGAAAUAGGUCGGUAGUAGGUCGGUAAGUGGGUCAGAAAUGGUCGAUGGUAGGUCGGAAUAGGUCGGAAAUGAAUGAUUCCAUUUUCUCCAUCCAGCUUGUCGUGGUUGCGCAGGAUUUCGGCGAACCAGCAUUACGUCAUACUACCAAUGUGUUUAUUUCUGUCGAUGACGUCAACGAUGUAGUUCCCAAGUUUGAGCAAGAUGAACAAAGGUAUGCAAAAAUAUUUCGAAAAACACAAAGGGGUGGGGGAGAUUUUUUUGUAAUAUUGGGGGUUUACUGAAAAGGGGUCGGUUGGUUUUUCAAAAAGAGGGAUGAGCAAACAGCUGGGUACUUUCACGGAUUCACGAAAGGGUACUUAUUUAAAUUCUGUGUACGGCCCUGGACCCUCUUAGAGCUCUAACUUGUUGCGCCAAAGUGCCAGAACCCACCUAUUCUAAGCAUAGUAAUUUAGUUUUAUUUCUUCUCCCAUAGAUUCAGUGUUUCAGAAAACAUCACAGUCGGUUCUCUGGUGGGCACAGUCUCUGCCAUCGAUCAGGAUGCGGACCAAUUCGGAGAUCCAGUAUAUGUCAUACAUGGCGGGAACGACGCCGGCCAUUUUCGUAUCGAGAACUCGACAGGAAAGAUUUACCUUGUGAAAAGCUUGGAUCGCGAAAUAGUCAACAUUUUUGAACUCACAAUUUACGCUUAUAAUCAUGGCAGCAAUAUUGCAAGAAAACGCAGAGACACAGGUAUGGAAUUAUAGACUAAAGAAACCUAGACUGGAAAUUUUUAUUAGUCCUAACCCAUCCUCCACAGUCGCGCAGUACAUACAUUUUCGUCCAGAUAGGACUCAAAUUUUUCGAGAAAUUUCCAAAUCAAAAUUUGAGUUCUUUCUGUCAUUAGAAAUGUUCUAAAUCAAAAUUUGAGUUUCUUUAGGAGGAAACUAAACUAUGUGCAUAUUGGUUAGUUUUAUCAGUUCUAAACUGUUCUCGCAUGGGGUCCAGUAAGGUAAUUUCUUUUGUGUAUCUUUUUUAGGUGAUAAUUUUGAUGUUUUGAAAGUGGUUAUUGAAGUCACCGAUAUUAACGAUAACUAUCCGGAAUUUGAUAUGAAAAAAUAUGUCGCAGGUUAGUUCAAUAUAUUUGCAUUGGAAAGAAUAUUAUAGAUAGUGAAAUUUACGGUUUGUUUUAAUAUUUUGCAGGAUUUACAAACACACCUGGUACAAAUGUAACCACAAUUCACGUAAGUUAGACUACGAUUACACAAGCUAUACCAGAUAACUUUCCGUAGCGACGCGACAAAGCACCUAUCCGAUACGGAAUGUACAACUUUCAGAAGUUGCGCGAAACAACAUCUCUCCUUUGCAAUAAUUCCAAUUAGUAUAAUUACAUAGGUGAUUAUUGAAAAUUCUCCACGCUGAUUGGUUACCGUUGAGGUGAUUAUUACGCGAUAAUCACCUAAGCGAUUUUCAAAAUGGCGGCCGAAGCCGUUUUGUCAAUUAAAAGACGAAUAAAUGUGCAUUUUUAAAUUUUUUCCCAAAUAAUCACCUAUGAAAUUAUACUAAAACAAUUAUUCACCUCAGGCUCGGUGAUUAUCGUGAAUAAAAACCUCGACUUCGUCUCGGUUUUUAUUCACCGAUAAUCACCUCGCCUUCGGCGAAUAAUUGUUAAAUAUAAUUACAAAUUAACGAGGUUAUUAGGCUUUUGUGUGGGCCAAACAUAUUUUACCAAAUUUUCUUUCUGCGGAAAAUUUUCCUGAGAGGAAAUGGGCCUUAAUUAAAGGUUCAACUUUGAGCUCAGCGCAGAACUCGUCAAUUGUGACGAGCAAUCGUAAAGGCUGAUUUCCACUGUUGCGUUUUGCAUACGUACGUAUACGCACGUAAAACUUUAAAUCCGUUUAAAUGUUACUCAUGAAAUAACCAAAUAAAUAAAGCAACAGAAUUUAGUGUUCCGCAAGUUUUAGUAUGCAUUUGUUAACUUAUUUGUAAAAUAUUUAAAAAAUAGAAGGAUUCAAAGUUUUACGUACGAAAAACGCAACAGUGGAAAUCAGCCUUAACUACGAAUUGUAAAAGGAUAGCCUAAAAGGUUUGGCAUAUUUUUCUCUAGGCAACAGAUAAAGACGACGGGGAGAAUGCGAACAUCAUUUACUCGAUCCAAAGUGGAAACGAUGCUGGUGCCUUCGCUAUCGAUCCUGACACUGGUCUCAUUACAACGACUGAAAAUGUUAGUCAAAUAACCGACGGACAUCUCACAUUAACCGUUGUCGCUCGCGAUUCGUCAGUACAAGGGACGCCAAAGAAAGCACAACCUGCCACUGUCACGGUAUGUAAAAUAAUUAGAGAAUGUCAGGAUUUUGGUCAUAUACACUCGAUACAACUUUACUAUUUCUUGAGAUAUUUGAACAGAAAAAAUCACAAAUCAGCGAGCUUUGCGCCAUCUUGGAUUUUGGCGGAUAUGCAUGUGACAUCAUAAGCAGGGUCACGCAAGAAUUUUAUCCAUAGAGCAAUUGGUUAUUAUGAGCUCAAAAUCAUAUACUUUAGUAACUAUUUGAAAUAAAAAACUGUCUGACUUUUCAAACAAGACAUAAUGUUAUGUGGUCAUUUAGAUGUAGUUUUAUAUGGCUAACCCUGCUUAUGACUUCACUAAAAUCACCGAUAAUGAGAUAAAAAUCAAUCCAAGAUGGCGGUCGGCAAAUUAUUUUAAGUCGAAAUAUUUCAAGAAAUAAUAAAGUUACGCAAAAUCGGUAAAGGAGAUUAACAUAUAAUUUUAAAAGUUCUUUAAAAUGAAAUAAUAAAAAAAUAUAUUGCUGUAUCUCUUUAACUUAUAAUUCAUUUCUGUCUCAUUCUCUAAUUCUCAGGUAUACAAACUACCAGAAACGGAUCCCCUAGAUUUGCAAGUGAGCAGUGAUCUGGACGAAGAUCAAAUCAGAGAGUAAGACUUUCCUACAACUGAGUUGUAGAAAUAUUAACUAUUAAUUUUUAACUGACUUCUCUACCGUCCCGAUUUACUGGUAUUUUAGAAAAAUUUCAAAAUGUCCUGUUGGACUGAAUGUUCGACAAAAUCCCCUGUCUUCCUCUAAGUUUUAAGACACUAAAUAAAUAUUGAUUUCCUUUCCUUUGGGUUCAUGAAUUAUUGAUAAGUUUGAGAAGUAAUCUUAUAUUGUAGAAGUAGUAAAAGUAUCAAUAAUUCUCAUUCAUUUUCACCAUUCAUUUUUAACAGACUCUUGCAGAAUAUAACUGGACCUGGUUAUGACAUUAUCAUCCAAAGUAUCACUCCUGAUGGUUUACUGUGAGUCCUCAUUUUCAUUUCAUCGAAAUGUCGAACUGAAUUAACGAAAAAUCGUUAAACAAUAAUCUCAUAACACAAACCUGAUUUUUCACAUAUAUGUUUAUCUUUUUUAGAUCUAAUGUGAAAUACUAUGUUAUCAACAACAAUGUUUUCCUGACGCAAGAGGAAAUGACGAAG